CUUUUACGCGUCCACGUACGUCCAGAGCGCAUGCGUCUCACUUCGCUUCACUCCUUGAAACUCGGGCUGGGGCUCAAUUAAGAGACCAUGUCCGCCGCCAUCGAGCGCCCGCAGUCCGCGCUGUCGCUAUUUCUACAAAAUUCUCCAUGAAAUAGCAUUAUCCUCUGGCCUCCAGAAUGGCCAGCUCGGGUGCUGUUCAGGUGAAGCUGGAGCUCGGGCACCGCGCUCAGGUCCGGAAGAAACCCACCGCUGAGGGAUUCACACACGACUGGAUGGUGUUUGUCCGCGGGCCGGAGCACACCAACAUCCAGCACUUUGUGGAGAAAGUAGUGUUUCACCUGCAUGAAAGUUUCCCCAGACCAAAAAGAGUGUGCAAGGAUCCACCAUAUAAAGUGGAAGAGUCUGGAUACGCUGGCUUUAUUCUGCCUAUUGAAGUGUACUUCCGAAAUAAGGAGGAGCCGAAAAAAGUGCGCUUCGACUACGAUCUAUUUCUGCACUUGGAGGGUCAUCCGCCUGUCAAUCACCUGCGCUGUGAGAAACUCACCUUCAACAACCCGACAGAGGAGUUCCGCAGGAAGCUGCUAAAGGCCGGAGGGCAACGAGAUCCCCAUAAAAGAAGUUCAGAAGACUCUAAAGUGAUGGUCAUGCAGGAAGGCUCCACGUCUCUGUUCGGUCAGCACCUUAAGCUGCCCACUUUACCCAGCAGCUCACUGACACUGAACUUCUCUGAUGGCAAAAAGAACAAGUCCUUUCCAGGAGCAAAAGACGGGUCCAAAAGCGGUAGUGCCCUCACCAUCACCACCACCAACAGCAUCAGCAGCAGCUCACUCAAGCUCCACAAGCCGUCCAAGGAGCACAAGGACAAGCCUCCCAAAGACUCAAAAGAGUCCAAAAGUGCCUUCAGAGACUUGAGCAGGGACUCGGGCAAAGUCUCCAAAGACUCCUUGAAGAAACCCAAAGAGAACCAGCCGCUGCGUGAUGAGCAGCCCAUCCCUAAGAUGGGUUUCAAAGAGCCCAAGGCCAUAUCUAAGGAGCACCGGGCAACUGAGGUUAGCUUCUCGAGCUUGGGCCAAAAUAAACGAAGGUCGUCGAUGGACGAUGAAGCCCAAAUUACCAAAAAACGGAAAGGAAGUUUUUCAGAGUCAUCGCAGAAGCUCCAGUCCAGUUCCAGCUUGGUCCAGCCUCACCACUCGGAUAAAAAGGCUCUAAAGGACAAAUCGCAGGUCCGGCAUGCCAAGUUAAGGGAUAAUGAGCUGUCUGAGAGAAGGAAGGUGUCCACGUUACCUCCUUUUCAGGAUGUGGUGGACCCAAAUGACUCGGAUAUGGACGACAACAUUUCUGCUAAAUAUGACUCAGAGCAGCCCAGUCCUGCCAGCUCCAGCUCCAGUUCAAGUUCAGGAUACAGACCUACACAUAAGCGACAAGUGCUGGGUCCUUUACAGACGAUAAUUCCAGAUUUGCACUCAGAUGACAAUGAAGAGGAGUCGGAGGAGGAAGAGGACAACGACAUGGACUCGGACAUGGAGCGCCCCUUACACACACACAUGACGCAUCGCCAUCGCAGGGUGAGUUUGAGUGAUGGCAGUGACAGUGAAAAUAGCUCCACCUCCUCACCACUCCCACACAACGAGGCCCCGCCUCUUCUGAAGGCCAGCAAUAAUCAGAUUCUAGAAGUGAAGAGUCCCAUGAAGCAGACAAAAGUGGAUAAAAACAAGAAUAUCGACUGUGACAAGGCAUACUUGGAUGAACUGGUGGAGCUCCAUAGAAGACUAAUGGCACUGCGAGAGAGGCACAUAUUACAGCAGAUUGUAAACCUCAUUGAAGAAACUGGACAUUUUCACAUCACAAACACAACCUUUGACUUUGACCUUUGCUCCUUGGACAAAACCACGGUUCGAAAGCUGCAGAGCUACCUAGAAACUUCUGGAACAUCUUGAAGCCGUGUGCAGCUGGCUGCCAUGAGCAGGAACACCAGACCUCCUGAUUGUCCUCCUGAUUUUGUCUCAAUCAGCUUGUGGCAAUGUUACGGAAUCAGCCUCAUCGAGAGGUCCUGGAGCUCCUUUCUUCUCUCUGUGUGCCUCAGAGAUGGAUGUGAGAUUCUUCCUGUCCACAAGGACUUCACCUGAAAAGCCUUGAAAAGUCCAACAUUGCCAAAAAGGGAAUAACAAGUUCAUGCGCCAAAAAAAACAAUGUGCAUAUUGUUACGAUGUGUGAAUGAGGUUUGGUUCUGUUCUUUGUCACGAAUGCAUGUCUUAACACUGCCUUACACCAUUGUCUAUUUAUUGAGUAUGAGUUUCGUGUGUGUGUGUGAGAGAGAGAAUGUGUGUGUGUGUGUAAGAGUAAAUGAUAUUAAACUCGUGCAAGCACUUGG